CCCGAGACGAAAAAGAAACAUCGCGGCGGCAAGAAGGAACACCUCAAGAGACAACGCCGGCAAGAGCGCAAGAUCCUGGACGACGACAUGAACAGUGACGAUAUCGAACCUGGCGAAAUGCUUGCCUUCGAAUCUCGCGACGUUGGACCCAAGGGUCUCGGCCUGUUCGCAACACGCGAUAUCGAACCUGGAGAACGCCUCAUCCAAGAAACUCCGCUGUUCGUCCUCCCCAAACAAGAGACACUAAAUGCAGCCAUCGUGGACAGCUUCAUGCACUUGUCGUCAGAUCAGCGUGCGGCCUACUUGAAGUUGAGUUCCUAUACCACGUGCACUGUGAAGACACAACCCAGGGUCGUCAGAAUGUCGGCGGCUGAGGAUGGUGCAGUCAGCUUGCCAGAUUUGGAAGGCCCUGACUCUCCACUUGAUGACAAUGGUUCCCCAGCCAAGCAAGUUGAUCGUCGCAGUUGUGCGUCUGACGUGCAGCCUCUUUCCAGCGACUCUGAUACUGAGAACAGCUGCAAGUCUCCCAAUCCGGCCAGCGGCAGCGGCGAUCUAAGCCUCAAAAACCCGACAAGCUUGAGCCGUCGGAAUCUNGAAGACACGACCAGCCCACCGGUUCCACAGCCAAGAGUUGAUUCUCCAAUCUGGAAUGUCGAUGAUCUGGGAGAUGCUCUUCAGACAACAAUCACUGACUCGGGUAUGGGAAGCGGUGUGAAUGACUCGACUGAGUGUGAUCAUCAAGACCACGAUACAGAUGAGUGCAAGAUGACCGAGUCGCUCGCUGCCCAUGUGGUCAACAUCUGGCGAACUAACUCGUACAUGCUCGACGAUGGCAUCACUCUUGACUCUGCUGGCAUUGGACUGACUGCAUCACGUCUCAACCACUCGUGCGUUCCCAAUGUUUACACGGCUUUCAACAGUACAUCCGGACACAUCACUGUACAGGCCCUCAAGCCCAUCACUGCUGGAGAUGAGCUGUGUACUGCCUACAUCAACGGCGCGGGCAAGUUGCGUUUCGAGCGACGUGCUCAGCUGAGUAUGUGGGGGUUCACCUGCACAUGCAUUGCUUGCGCCGACGGCCGCGACGAGUCUCGCCGCCGGGGUAUCAAAACAUUGAUUACCAAGGUCGAAGGGGUCAAGAUGCAGAUGUUGGAUGGUGCUGCAGACCUGUCGGUCGCCCAGGUCGAACAGACGGUUGAAGAUCUACUCGACCAAGCUACUCUCAUGAGCGACGAAGGCUUGCUGGGCCCAGACCUGGCUGAUGUAUGCUGCAUGCUGAUCGGUCGUCGUGAAGAAGCGGGCGCUCUCCAGUCGUCCGGCUUUGGUAUCCUGUUACGCGGCUAUGGAAUUGACAACCCUAUUUGCACAGCAGCCCUUCAGGCCGGCGACAUGGACGAAGCUUGA